UUCAUUACUGAUGUGUGACACAGACAUGUAUUGGAAUGGGUUUCGAUGUUACAGAUGUUCGUAUAUAUGUACUAGUAUUCCCUCUGAAUUCUGCAAGAAAGAAUGCCCCUAUUACACAACGCCGAAUACUGAUAAAAACAUAUCUGAAUCGAAAGUUUGUAACAACAGUACGAAUUACGUAACGACUAACACAGAGAAAUACAUAUCUGAAUCAAAUGGCUGUGACAACAGUAACGUGACCGUUAUUAUCAUCUUAGUUAUUGUCUUGAUUCUUUUGAUUGUGAAUACUGUCAUUCUUUGUUCUACGUCCAAAUAUUUGCACUGGCAAAGGGUGGCAAUUGAGGAUCCUCCGUAUAUCAACGAGUCUGUGACAUCUCGACCCCUUGACACCUCGACCCCUUGACAACUCGACCCAUAAGACAUCUCGACCCAUGACACUUAGACCCCUAAGACACUUAGACCCCUUUAAUUGACUGGACAUUUCGACCCUUUUUUCUAAAAUGUACUUGAAGACGUUAACUUCGAAAAAAAAAAUGUGCAUAAAGGCGAAAAUAUAGAAAAAAGGUAAAUUUGUUGACAAGUUUGAUUAUUAUAUAUACAAUCUUAUACAAUACUGAAUAAUAAGUGAAAUCAUAUUAAGUCGUUAUUUGUUAUACACAAUCGUUCAUCAAGUCAAGUAUUUUAUACAAGGAAUAGAAACACUCGCACUACAUUUAACCCUUUCACUGCCAUAGGGACGGCUUAUGCCGUCCCUGUUCUU